UUCCGGGUCACAUCGAGCGGUGGUGAAGGGCGGCGAGGCGCCAUGUGGACGCUGCUUCUCGCGCUCGCGGCGCACUUCUUCAAAGGACGAGAGGCGCAGCGUGAACGCACACUCGUCGCCAUCAAGCCCGAUGGCGUGCAGCGCGGGCUCAUGGGAGACAUCGUCAAGCGCUUCGAGGGCAAGGGCCUCAAGUUGGUCGCCAUGAAGUUCCUCAAGCCGCCCGUCGCGCUGCUGCAGCAGCAUUACAUCGACCUCAAGGACAAGGCGUUCUACAGCAGUCUCGUGCAGUUCAUGAACUCGGGUCCUGUGCUCGCGAUGGUGUGGGAGGGGAAUGGCGUCGUGCGCACCUGCCGACGGAUGCUUGGGGAGACGGACCCAGCGGACUCGGCGCCCGGCACCAUCCGCGGGGAUUUCUGCAUCGACAUCGGGCGAAACGUGAUCCAUGGAAGCGACUCUGAUGAGAGCGCCCAGAAGGAGAUCUCCCUGUGGUUCCAGCCGGAGGAGCUGGUCACUUGGUACAGCAACACCGAGGCUUGGGUUUACGAGUAAUGGAGGCUGUGUCAUUCCCAGAGAUUUCUCUUCUCAACAUUUGCUGCCUACUGAUCUAUUUCCAUCCAAACACGCUACACAUCGAAGGCUUGUUUAGUUUGGAAAAUAAAAGCUACGUUUGUUCGUCUAGAUCAUCAAGGUGGAAACGCCUUGAUAGAAUACCUCGCUGCACAAAGCUGCCUCUUGUUUUGCGAUUCCGUCCAAGUACAACACUUUGCAAAAGUAAAAAAAAAGCAAAACUUGAUAAAAAUGUUGGUGAGAACUCGGAGGUUUCAUACAGCUUUAACAAUGUAUACUUGAGAAUACGAUAGUUCAUAGAUAUUGCAGAAGCAGUUAUGCUUCACUGCAGCACUCAAAGCAAAAUGGAAGGCACCUUGCCACACAGAGGUCUUUAGGCAGUGGUGGACUAUGCAUGCCGGUUGUCUUGCCUUGCGCGAUGUCGUGUGCUUAGGGGUGGUGGCUGGUUUCGGGGUCUUGCUGCUUAGUCGCGGGUGAUGCAGACACGUUUAGUUGGUGUCUACACGAGGUCAGUGUAGCGUCUUCAUUUAGUCCGUCCACAUGGCUCCAGCUGCCUUGAACAGUAAAUAAAGCUAUUUAUGUCUACAGCCUAAAAUAUGAAAACUUAGCUGGUUAUUUGCAUAAAACAGCUGCUGUAAUAUUCUUCAGGAGAAAAUGAAAGCCGUGUCAGCAAAGCGACACCACUUUAUGGAGUUUAUGCAAGGAGCCAGACACGUGGGUCGUUCACUCAAAUACGAAAUAACUUGGUUUUUUUUAGGCCAAUAAAAUACAUCAUUGUUCCCAGACCUCUGGAUGCAUUUGCGUUGUCAAAAUAGUUACCUCAAUUAUUCGUGGGUGGAUUGUCUGGCUUGGAGUAACCAUGCUUUUGAAAAAAUAUAAAACCUUGAUACCCAACGGUUGAAUAACUACCCACUUCACUCGUCCCCAAUGUGUCUGCAAGUGAACAGGAUUUAAAAAGCAAUAAAAUCGGAUGACAGCCUGCAUCUUCACCCCCAUUCUGUGCAAUUAAACGAUCCAUUUGAUAUCCUAAAUGGCAUUGUUCAGUCCCCGCUCCACCCUUAAAAUACCCCCGAUAAACGAGUCUGUUUACAGACUGCCAAGCAUUAUAAGCCAUGUAGGAGUGAUUUAGCUCUUAAUUUUAUCGGUGUAUUACUGUUAAUUACUGCAUGUGCCUCACCACAAAUUUAAGUGUCUUUAUCGAUCAACAAAAAUAACGUGUCAUUAGUUUUGCAUUAUGAAAUGUGUACAAGAAACACAAUUUAAAAUAAGCUGCAGUAUCUUUAUACAGUACUGUAAUGAUCGUCAGGUUUAAGCAUUGGUGGGAAUUGUUUACAUUGAUCUACUAAAUAUAAAUGCCUUCCAAAUUCCAACAGCCUUUUCUCAUGAGCUCUGGCAAAAUCCAUUCCCAUGACACCCAUGUGGAUGAAAACGAUUGCCUGGUAAAGACGGCUUCGUGAACUAGUUGGCAAUAAAGUCGAAACAGCAAUCUGGUUAAAGUGAACCGGCUCAGCUGGAGGGCGAACGCUGCUCGCGAUCAGAAGUUGCGGGUUCAAGGCCUGACUUGGCCCAUCAUCCCCUCCAGGGUCGAUAAAUAAGAACCACUCUUGAGGAAGUCAAUAGUUGUCCUGUGGAGAGACUCGCCCCCAGCAUAAUGUGACAUUUACACCGCUGGCUUGGAACUGCAAAUAGAAAAUUAAACUCAAAUCUGACUUG